AUGCAAAACUCAAAUAAUAAUAGUUAUUUGGGUGUGACGCCACCCAUCUCAGUGUUGGAAUCGAAUGCGAGGGAGAAAGAGGUCACGGUGACUUUGAUGGAGGAACUCAGAAGACAGAAUACAUUUGAGUCGGAGGAGGAAGCGAAGACAAGGGAAAUCGUUCUUGGCCGAGUCGCUGCUUUGGUGAAGAAGUUCGUCAAAAAAGUAUCUAUGGAUCGAGGUUUAUCAGAAAGUGCUGCCAAUGCAGCUGGAGGCAAGAUUUUUACUUUCGGAUCUUAUCGACUAGGUGUACAUGCACCAGGUUCUGAUAUUGAUACCCUUUGUGUGGUUCCAAAACAUGUAUCCCGGGAGGAUUUCUUUGACGUUUUUGAGCCAAUGUUGAAAGAGAUGGAAGGUGCCACUGAUGUUUCGGGAGUACCUGAAGCUUUCGUGCCAAUUAUCAAGGCUGAAAUAUCUGGAAUCCCUCUCGAUUUUCUCAUGGCUCGCCUUGCAUUAUCAUCAGUGCCGGACAACUUGUCGUUAAAAGAUGACAAUCUAUUACGAAGUUUAGAUGAAAGAUGUGUCAGAAGUUUAAAUGGCUCUCGAGUAAUUGACGAAAUUCUACGACUGGUUCCAAAUGUUCAAGUUUUCCGCGAUGCUUUGCGGUGCAUUAAGUUAUGGGCGCAGCGGAGAGCCAUCUAUUCUAACGUUAAUGGGUUUCUUGGCGGUGUGGCAUGGGCGCUGCUAGUCGCUAGAAUAUGUCAACUAUAUCCAAAUGCUAUUGCCGGUGCUAUUGUCAGCCGUUUCUUCAUAAUAAUGUACCAGUGGUCAUGGCCACAGCCAGUACUCCUAAAACAGAUAGAAGAAGGCCCUCUACAAGUCCGAGUAUGGAACCCAAAAUUAUAUCCCGCCGACCGAGCACAUCGAAUGCCAAUUAUCACACCGGCAUACCCUGCAAUGUGCUCUACCCACAACGUUACGCAGUCGACUCAAAUGAUCAUCACGGAGGAAUUCAAGAGGGGUGCUGAAAUUGUGGAUCGGGUCAUCGUUGGUACUGCUGAAUGGUCAGAACUAUUUGCAAAGCACGAUUUCUUCCAUAAAUAUCGAUACUACCUGCAAGUCAUUGCAUCAACAGCUAACCAAGAUCUACAAACUAAAUGGGCAGGCACCGUCGAAUCGCGGCUUCGUCAGCUGGUCAUGAAACUGGAAUAUGUUGACUCAUUGAUUCUUGCUCACCCUUUCAUUAAAGGCUUUGACCAAGUGUCAUAUUGCUUAUCAGACGAUGAGAUUCGUGCUGUAGCUCAAGGUGAAAUAUCCGACGUCGUGGCCAGCAGAAAAAAAGAAGAUAUAGAAGGCAAGGAAGGUGCAAGUCCUGUAUAUUCAACGACUUUCUAUAUUGGCCUUGCCAUUGAACCUAAGCCAGCUGGGGCAGUUGGCCCUCGAAAACUUGAUAUAUCAUAUCCUACAAUGGAAUUCACCAAAUUGGUAAAAAUGUGGGACAAAUUUGAUGAAUCUACAAUGGGGAUUAUUGUGCGACACAUCCGGAGUUCGGGCUUGCCUGACAAUGUCUUCGAUCCAGGAGAACGCCCUGCUAAGACCGUACAAAAACGAGUAAAGGGAGCCGGAAAGUCCAGUAAUACCUCGCCAGACAUGCCAAACAAACGCCAACGGUUGGUUAUUGCGUUUUUUGACGUGAAGCUCAGACUCAUCGAGAUGCCAUGCUUACCUUCUUUCCUUAGCUCUUCUCAAUCAACAUCAGACCUACCCCUCAAACUCACCGAAAACGGUUCUACCGGAAAUACUCCCAGUUUGCCUCCUGUUGCUGAAACCCUGACUCCAAAGGAUUCUAAAGCCCCUCAAUUGCCCUUUGGGGAGAAUGUGGCUGUUGCAACAGGAGCGGUUACAGCUCAAUAG